CCUCCUCAAGCUCCCCAAACUCCACAACUCCACAUCAAAAAACAGCAGUCUUUCUUUCCCUCUCUCUCUCUCUCUCAUUCAUUCAUAAACUGUUAUGGCGCUUGUUAAUAGGCUCCAAUUUUUCUCUCCUUCUCAAUCUUCAACCCAUUUCAGAAAACCCAAAUCCGUAAACUUUCACCCCAUUUGUUCAUUAUACUAUGAUUCUUCUUCUUCUUCUUCCCCUUUUACUGAGAAACACUCUUUUGAGAGAUACCAAAGGGACGAAUGGCUAUACGCGAACCAAGUGGAACAAAUUACAGCUUGCUCCUUUCCACCUGAUUCUGACUCGAUAAGGCAAGAUGACAUAGCACUACAAUUGCCAGAGCUAAAGAGGCUGCUUCAGGUGUUAAGAGAGAAGAGAGAAAGCGAAGGAUGUGGUGGCGGGAAGUGUGGGCCAGGGAAUGUGUUCUUGGUGGGGACAGGGCCUGGGGACCCUGAACUGUUGACACUCAAGGCUGUGAGAGUGAUUCAGAGUGCUGAUUUGCUCUUGUAUGACCGCUUGGUGUCCAAUGAUGUGCUGGAUUUGGUUGGCCCUGAUGGAAGGCUUCUCUAUGUUGGCAAGACUGCAGGUUACCAUAGUAGAACCCAGGAGGAAAUACAUGAGUUGCUUCUGAGUUUUGCUGAAGCUGGAGCUACUGUUGUGAGACUUAAAGGAGGGGAUCCACUGGUGUUUGGGAGAGGUGGGGAAGAGAUGGAUUUUCUGCAACAGCAAGGAAUUCGAGUGAAAGUAAUUCCAGGUAUUACUGCUGCUUCAGGAAUAGCGGCUGAGCUAGGGAUUCCAUUAACUCAUCGAGGCGUGGCAAACAGUGCAAGAUUUCUCACUGGGCACUCAAGGAAAGGAGGAGCAGAUCCUUUGUUUGUAGCAGAAAAUGCAGCUGACAUUGAUUCAACCUUGGUGGUUUAUAUGGGCUUGUCAACCUUCCCCUCUGUUUCCCUAAAGUUAAUUCAUUAUGGUCUGCCCCCUAAUACACCAGCUGUUGCAGUUGAGCGAGGGACCACACCUCAACAACGCACAGUCUUUGCUGAACUUAAGGAUCUAUCUCAGCGAAUUACAUCAGCAGAGUUUGUAUCACCAACUCUUAUCAUCAUUGGAAAAGUUGUUGCACUCUCACCUUUGUGGCCACUUUCUUUGAAAGAAGCAUCCUGUUUGGUAGAGGCUAAAUAGACAUAUUUCAGGCUCAGGGAUAGCACUGAUGCUAACACAAGGAUAAUUUUUGGCAAAUUUGAAAGUUCUACUUGUGAUUAUGGUAAUCUGUGGGAAUUACCAGAUUAAGUAGACUGCUACUUCUGGAUGGGGGCACUUCCUGUUUAAAUUUUGUUGCCAUAAUUUACAUUGAGAAUGGGGAUUGGGGAACAUUUGUUUAUGAGCAGGUUGGCAUGCAAGAUUUUGUUUUAAUCCUUGAUAGGUUCAGUUAAGAUCCAUGCGGGAAGCAUGAUGGAGUUUGAAGUUCGCACAAUGAAGGUUCAAGGAGCCAUCAGCUCUUUUGCUUGCAAGCUUGCUCCCUAUUUAGCAUUUUUGGAUUCAAUUCAAUGAAGACUAACUGCAAGAUGAUCAUGGGUUAUAAAUUAUCAUAACAUGAGCCUGAUUCUGAAAUGCAGAUAAACAUCAAGUUUUGUUUUUGUUCUUUCAAAUGAAUCGGUGAUGUUUAAUUUCCAUUUCUUGAAUGAGUGAUUUUACAUCCAAAUACAUUUGAAUACAAGAGGGAAAGUGUAGCAACGUGAUCUUCUGUAUAAUACAGCAACCGUGUCAUGUGGGAGACUUGGAGUUGGACUUUGACUUAUCUGUUGGAAAAGAAAUGGAGCUUGGUGACUUGGCAGUAGGGUUGGUUGAUAUAUGUUGAAAUUAUUUGAUGAAAAUUAAAGUUUCCCCAAUUUGAAAAUUUCAAUUCCUCCAUUUGUCUUAUACUUUGUCACACAUUGAAAAGUUAUAUAAGAUAUUUUUGCUUUAUAA